GUCCCACGUCGUAUUAGUUAUUAAUAGUAAUCUGGGAUAAAAAAUGCCCAGUCAUUUUGAAAAUGACGUCAUGGGGAUAAAUACGAGAUAAAGAGUCGUGCAGUAAGCAAUUGGCUUAAUUUACAGAAUAAUGAAACAACAUUUUAUCAUUUAGAAUGCAGGACCGUUCGCAUAAAUAGAUGUACACCAACUCCGGCGUUCGCAGUGUUAAUUGUGGUUUAGUUCUGUAGGUUCUGUAUAGUGUAUAGUAGUAGAUUAAUCGCUUUUUAAUACCGGUAUCAGUAUUUAUUGAAAGCUAUUUUCAUAUUGCCUUAUAUGUAAUAAGGGAAAAGUUCGCAGGCGAGCCCUUUCCACAAUUUAUUUUGAAAAUUUUUUAGUAUAGAUAAGAAGGAAACAUUUACAAUAAUAGAAGAUGAACGGGAUAAAUUCGGUUAACGGAAAUGCCGAUAACGAUGGGUAUUUACCUUUACCACAAGGAUUUGCUACUGCCGCCAUACACGCUGCCCAUGAACCGGAAAAAUGGGAACAUAUGAGUGUGGUCCCCCCAAUAGUCAUGUCCACCACAUUUAAACAACACAGUCCAGCAGUCCCAAAGAUAUACGAGUAUGGAAGAUCGGGAAAUCCUUCGCGAAAUACUUUGGAAGAAUGUUUAGCAGCAGUUGAAGGGGCCAAACAUAGCAGCAGUUGA